AGGAUAAACCACAGGACCCGAUUAUUGAUCCGACAAAGAGUGCCGAAGAGGACAGCUGAUCAGGAUUGAAGUUCAAAAUUGGCAUCUCAGAGUUUCAAGAGCUUUCUACUUAGAUCAAGCUAUCAGCUGUGACUUGCAACGUGGUGUGAAUUGAUUUUCUUUCCCCUUUCUUUGAUAUCGACAAGGGGAUCUGCUCUGUUUUUCGCAAUGCCUUCGAGAAUCUAUCAAUCACCUUUUCCAGAUCUACAGAUUGAAUCGAUAGAUCUGCUCUCUUACUUGUUUUCAAAUCCCUUGAACACCCCAUUGGACCGGCCUGUGUACAUUGACUCUCUCUCUGGAAAGCAAUACACGUACAGCGACGUCAUCAAACGGACCAAAUCCCUAGCCAACGGACUGAAGCAGGUGUUUGGCCUUCAACCCGAAGAUGUGGUCGCUUUAUUCAGCCCCAAUUCCAUCGAGUAUCCCAUCGCAUGCCAUUCGAUUAUUGGUGCAGGUGCUAUCGUUGCGCCGACCAGUGCAGCCUUGACAGCCUUGGAACUCAACGCUCAGCUCAAGACCAGCAAAGCCCGGUUCAUUAUUGUUCAUUCUUCCUUGUUUGAAACAGCGCAGAAAGCAGCAAAGGGUACUUCUAUUGAGAAGAUCAUCCUCCUAGAUGGCUCGUCUCCGGUCGAUGGACAGCCCACUUGCGAGUAUAUCGCUAGUACAUUUGCCCCUACUCCUCUGACGGCGAUCUCAUCCUCCGAGGCUUCGGAGAAGAUUGUAUUCAUCUGCUUUUCUUCUGGUACAUCUGGCCCCUCGAAGGGUGUCAUCACAACUCACCAGAAUCUUACAUCCAACCUACAACAAUGGCGUGCCCACAUGCUUGACACCGGCUCGCCCUCGCAACAAGUCAAGCGAAAAAAUGCAAUCGCUUUCCUGCCAUUCAGUCAUAUCUAUGGCCUCAACUUGUAUAUGUGUCAGUGCUUGAUUUGGGGAACUUCGGUGGUAGUAAUGCCCAAGUUUGACCUGGACGUAUACCUUGGCUGUGUUCAGAAGUACCGACCCGACGAACUUGCCUUGGUACCACCGAUUGCACUCAUGAUCGUCAAAGAUGAACGAGUUGCCAAGUACGACCUUAGCAGUGUGAAACGAAUCAUGUCUGCUGCUGCCCCCCUCACGAAUGAGCUAUCGUCUGCUUUAGAGGCGAAGUUCAAGACAGGUUGGGGAACCGAGGUCUUCUGCACGCAGUCUUGGGGUCUCACCGAGACCUCGCCAAUGGCUACGGCUGUUCCAAAUGACCGCAUGGAUAAACGUCAAUCAGGCGUGGGGUGCAUCACCAACAACAUGGAGUUCCGCUUCGUGGACCCGGACACCAUGGAAGACGCUGCCAUGAACCCAGACGGAACCACUCAGCCAGCGGAGAUCUGGUGUCGCGGGCCCAACGUGACUCGCGGGUAUUAUAACAACGAUGAGGCGACCAAGGGUGCCUUCCAUGUCGACUCGGAUGGGAAGAAGUGGUUUCGCACCGGAGAUAUCGCCACAAUCGACCACGAGGGAUAUAUCACCAUCCAAGACCGCAUUAAGGAGAUGAUCAAGUACAAGGGUCUACAGGUCAUUCCCAGCGAGCUUGAAGGCAAGUUGAUCGACCACCCGGAUAUCGAAGAUGCUGGCGUUGUCGGUGUAUGGGUGGACGAGAAAGCAACCGAACUCCCUGUGGCAUUUGUGGUUCUCAGUCGCCAAGCCAAGGAUAGAGAUCUGAAGUCGGUCAUCGAUGGGAUUCACUCGUGGUUGAAUCCGAAAAUUGCAAACCACAAACGCCUUCGUGGUGGUAUCCAUGUGCUGGAACAGAUCCCGAAGAGUCCUAGUGGGAAGAUCCUGCGGCGACAGCUUAAGGAACUUCUAAAGAGUAGGAAACCGAAGGCGCAUCUUUAAAGGGGAUUAAGGUUCCGCAUAGUUGUUAUCGCUAUAUCAUGGAUCAGUUAGUUGAAUCCAGCAUCGUCGGCGACUUUUAUACACUCGCUCAAAUCGAUUUCGCGUAUUCUAUGUAAGGCGUUCAGGUCCCAAUGGGAACAGCUCUCGGCGUGUCUCAAAUACGAAGCACAAUUCUUGAAAAACAAUUGGCUAAAAGCAAGCGUUUCCAAAAUCCAUCUGAUUUGAAGCGCAGAAUCAGGGAAUUCG